GAGGAGCUGCACAGCUUCCGGCCCCCCUAGAGCUGCACAGGGCGAGAAGGGCUAGUGCUCUGCUUGGCCACGAGACACAGCUUCAUGCCAGGGUUCUGGUAGCUUCCUCUUCUAUAUCCACUUCCGUGUGGCCCUGGGGACCCCAGAGGCAAGUGCUACUGUCUGUUGCCCAGGCCACCGUCCACCUCCAGUUUGGAGCCCUGCCCCUCUGGGGUUGGGCCAAACCCAACUACUGACUGGGAUUCCAUGGGGGACUGGUAGGUCAAAGGUCUUGGGGGGACAGAGCUGUCGGGGCCAGAUCCCUGGGGCUCUGGCCAUGAAGUCUCGGCAGAAAGGAAAGAAGAAGGGUUACUCCAAGGAGCGAGUGUUUGGGUGUGACUUACAGGAGCAUCUGCAGCACUCAGGCCAGGACGUGCCCCAGGUGCUAAGGAGCUGUGCAGAGUUUGUGCAAGAGUAUGGCGUGGUGGAUGGAAUCUACCGCCUCUCAGGGGUCUCCUCUAACAUCCAGAAGCUCCGGCAGGAAUUCGAGGCAGAGCGGAAGCCGGAUCUUCGGCGGGACGUUUACCUCCAGGACAUUCACUGCGUCUCUUCCUUGUGCAAGGCCUAUUUCAGAGAACUGCCAGACCCCCUCCUCACUUACCGGCUCUAUGACAAAUUUGCUGAGGCAGUGGCAGUACAGCUAGAGCCAGAACGCUUGAUCAAGAUCCUUGAAGUGCUUCAAGAACUCCCUGCCCCAAACUACAGGACGCUGGAGUUCCUUAUGAGGCACUUGGUCCACAUGGCCUCAUUUAGUGCCCAAACCAACAUGCAUGCCCGAAAUCUGGCGAUUGUGUGGGCCCCCAACCUGCUGAGGUCUAAGGACAUAGAGGCCUCAGGCUUCAAUGGGACAGCAGCAUUCAUGGAGGUGCGUGUGCAGUCCAUUGUUGUGGAGUUCAUCCUCACCCAUGUGGACCAGCUCUUUGGGGGUGCUUCCCUCUCUGCUGGUGCAGAUUUGGAGAGUGGGUGGAAAUCAUUUCCAGGGGCCCGGGCAUCAGGCAGUUCUGAAGAUAUCAUGCCCAGGUCUCUUCCCUACCAUUUGCCCAGCAUCUUGCAAGCUGGCGAUGGACCUCCACAGAUCCGGCCCUACCAUACGAUCAUUGAGAUCGCAGAACACAAGCGAAAGGGAUCUUUGAAGGUCAGGAAAUGGCGAUCUAUCUUCAAUUUGGGUCGCUCUGGCCAUGAGACAAAACGUAAACUUCCACUGAGGGCUGAGGACAGGGAAGAAAAAUCCAGUAAGGGGACACUGCGGCCUGCUAAGAGCAUGGACUCACUGAGUGCUGCAGCUGGGGCCAUUGACGAGCCCGAGGGACUGGCAGGAACCAGCAGUUCUCAGCCAAGCUCACUGGUGUCUGAGAGCUUGGAGAAUAGUUCUAUGGAAGCAGCAGAGAGUGAACAGGAGCCUGAGUUAGAGGCAUCGGGCAGUGCAAAUUCUGAGCCAGGAACUCCACGAGCUGGGCGAUCAGCUAUUCGGGUCUCAGGGAGCAGUCGUGCAGAGCGCUGUGCUGGUGUCCAUAUCUCAGACCCCUACAACGUCAACCUCCCUCUACACAUAACCUCUAUCCUCAGUGUACCUCCAAACAUCAUCUCUAACGUCUCCUUGGUCAGGCUUACCCGUGGCCUUGAGUGCCCUGCUCUACAUCCCAGGCCAAACCCUGCCUCAGGUCCCAGCCCAGGCCCUGGCCCCCCAGAUGAGAAGUCGGAGGCAAGAUCAGUCCCAGGCCCCCUGACUGACUCAAGCCCAGAAGACACGACCCCUGCCCUGGAAGACUCCUUGUCCCAGGAGGUGCAGGAUUCCUUCUCCUUCCUAGAGGACUUGAGCAGCUCAGAGCCUGAGUGGGUGGGGGUAGAGGCUAGGGAAGUGACCAAGGCAGGAGCCUCAGGAGCAGCAGGAGCAGCAGCUUUCUCCCUUGGGGAGGACGACCCUGGGAUGGGCUACCUGGAGGAGCUCCUGGGAGUUGGGCCUCAGGUGGAAGAGUUCUCUGUGGAACCACCCCUGGAUGAUCUGUCUCUGGAUGAUGCACAGUACGUCCUGGCUCCUAGCUGCUGUUCCCCCGAUUCUGACGGCCCCACACCUGAAGUGGAAGAGGAAAAUGGGGAAGAAGUCUUCUUGAGUGCCUAUGAUGAUCUGAGUCCCCUUCUGGGACCUAGACCCAUGAACUGGGAGGGUGUAGGGAGUCUGGAGGAAGAGGCAGCAAGGUGUGGGAAACAACCUCCAAUACAGGCUGAAGAGAAACAGGUAUGCUGGGAAGCUGAAGAGGACAAGGAGGCUGAACCUGGAAGCACAUCAGAUAACAGGGAAGAUGCAGAGGCAAUUCCAGAGACUGAUAUGGAAGCCGGAAAGGCUGAUGAGGGAGGAGGGGAGGCUGAAAUAAGCCAAAAGGUGAUGGGUAGUUCUGAAGAAGGCAGUGGUGAAGAGAUAGAGACCAUGGAAGAGAAUUCCAAAGGUCAGGGGGUUGAAAGUAUAGAGACUAAGGAUAUGGAGGAAACAAGAGGAGAAGAGGAUAAACACGAGAAGGAAAGUGAGAUUGGGAGAAAAGAAGGAACUGAGAAAGGAGAGGACAUCCCUGUAGAAUCUGGAAUGGAUCCAGAACAUCCGGUCCAGGAAAACCUGCUUCGUGGGGAGAGCUGGGAAGAUGUACACACACAAGAGGCCGAGAAAGGCAAAAAGGAUGAGAUCAAAGGACUGAGGGGGAAUAGUGACACCAAGUCAAGAGAAGACCAAGGACAUGGUGAAGCUAGUGGAAGUCCAGAAGAAGAUGAUGGGGAGGGAGGGGAGGUCAGCAAGGAACGAAAAAGUAUAGAUAUAGAGACUGAAGGCAAGAGAGCUGUCGGUGAGCACUCGGAAGAGGGGGCCUUCUCUGACAGGUCAGGUGUAGAGCUCCUGGAGGUUGACAGUACAGAAGUCAAUGAACAGUCUUUUGAGAUGGAACAAGGCCCUCCACAGCCAUCUGAGCCAGAGGGGAUGGAGGCUGAGGAACAGCUCAGUCCUGAGGCAUGUGACCUCUAUUCUUGUCCCUGUGGUUCAACUGGUGGUGUAGGCAUGCGUCUGGCUUCCACCCUAGUUCAGGUCCAACAGGUCCGCUCUGUUCCUGUAGUGCCCCCCAAACCACAGUUUGCCAAGAUGCCCAGUGCAAUGUGUAGUAAGAUCCAUGUAGCACCUGCAAGCCCGUGUCCUAGACCUGGUAGGCUUGAUGGGACUCCUGGAGAAAGGGCUUGGGGGUCUCGUGCUUCUUGGAGGAAUGGGGGUAGUCUUUCCUUUGAUGCUGCUGUGGCCCUGGCCCGGGAACGACAGAGAACUGAGGCUCAGGGAGUUCGACGAACCCAGACUUGUACUGGGGGUGGUGAUUAUAGCCUCCACUCUAGAACCUCUCCUCUCAGCAUGACUCCUGCCCAUUCUUCCCGGCCCCUUAGCUGUCUGGAACUCCCACCUGAAGGCACAGAAGGGUCUGAGCCUAGGAGUCGGUUUAGUUUGCCACCUAGAGAGCUUCAGCCUCUUGUCCCUCUUACGUCCCCUCAGCGACAGACAUAUGCAUUUGAAACACAGACUAACCGUGGGAAAGAAGAAGGGCUGUGAUUAGGAUGGGACAAGAGGAACCAGAAAUGGUCACCAGUCUCUGGAAUCCCUGCCUAACUGUCUUUGCACCCUCAGUAGCUGAAGUGCUUUGUCCCACAGGUUUGGGUCCUCCAGCUACCUGUUUUGACCAUGGGGGCACUGCCUUGGUGGGUUCACCUUGAGUUUGUGUUAGACACAAAGCACUUAUCUCUUAGCAGAGUCUUAAGAAAUAUAGGAAGGCAUUGUUACCCAGGAAGUUGUGAUUAUUAAUGAAACAUAGGGUAGGUAGAAACUUAUGCGUUUUUUUUUUCUUGAAUUUAAAUACAGAGGGGGAAUUCCAGCCAAACUCCUGCCCUCUUCUGAGGCUGUGAACUUCUCCUCAUAGAAGCCUAGGGUAGAUGUGAAGAACACAGGGCUAGAUAUAGAAUUGCUCAUCCCUGCUGGGCGGUGGUGGCGCACGACUUUAAUCCCAGCACUCGGGAGGCAGAGGCAGGUGGAUCUCUGUGAGUUCGAGGCCAGCCUGGUCUACAGAGUGAGUUCCAGGACAGCCUCCAAAGCCACAGAAAAACCCUGUCUUGAAAAAAAAAAGAAUUGCUCAUCCCUGAUUUGCUCCCAGAUCCUUGGCUGUCUCCUGACCCUUUUAGCUCAAUUAGGAGAAACAUGUCCAAGAAGCUCUUAAAGUCCUCAAUACUCACUGAAGGAAAUAGAUGACAUCCUCUGUCUUCUAUUAUUUUGCAGAAGAGGUCCUGUACAGAUCUCUCUGGUCUUUCUUUUUCCCAUUAGAAUAACCUCCUCCCAUUUCAAAAAAGAGGAUGUCUGGUCAUCACUCCGGCCCUGGCACUGCUUCUCUGCAUAGGUGGAGGCUACAGACCCCGUUUAGCAAUGAUAACUGUUUGAUAAUAAAGUUGAUUGUUUGACACUGAAA